GCUUAAGGAGGGAGGGAAAAUCAUACGAUUGUUGAUAUCGUGGGUUCAAUAGUUGUUGCUUUACACAUGUCACGUCUUCUGGUUAUUGUUUUCAGUGCAGACAGCUUUUGAAAGACUGCCCAGAAUUGGUUUCGAAUUUGGUAGAUCGUUAAACUGCAAGUUUGUAUCCGUAGCCUAAAGAGGCACGAGUGCUCACAAGCUAGUAACGUUAGCGACACAAUACAGCCGACGAGUUCCAUCCCUCCAGACGUAACUUCAAGAGGCCAUUCAGUGUGCCUACAUGGGACUAUUUCCGAUAAUGCAACAGCCUGUCAUAUUUUACCGAUCAGCAUUCUCGCAUUGAGCAACAUAACAAACAUUUGUAACGGGGAACCGUAUAAUAUUUGCUUAGUAAGCUAGCCAUCUUGCUAGACAGGCCAGCUUCCUUGUAUCAAAUAGCAAAACGUCUAGUACUAGCUAACGUUAAUGGUGGCUGGACUGCGUUGUCAGAACUAUGGAAAUGAGAACGUUUGUUUUAAAGUGCCUGUUUUUUUUAGAUUAUUAGCAAACCGUAUAUAAUUUUAAUGAGACAUUGACUCCAAACACGGAAGCUAAUAAUCGUAUUUAAAAAAAAAUGUAAUUAUCACAUUUAUGUUGGAUUUAAGUCGCUGAGAGCCAACAAAAGACUCAAUGUUGGAUAUCAAUUGACGAGACGAAUGAUUUGUGUCCCUGGUUUUAACUGGAUUUGGCCUCCCCCUUUUGGUUCGACGCGGGAGCAGCGGGAUUUCGACCUCCCACUCAUCUGUCACGUCGAUAUUUGUAUACAUUUUCCUAUCCCUCCCUCCCACAACCUUUCCCCGUUUCUCUCUCCGAUGCGGAGUGCUGAGUAACGCCGGCAACCAAAUCGAUAACGGCGGCCGGACAUGCUGAAGUGUAUCCCUUUGUGGCGUUGUAACCGCCACGUCGAGUCGGUGGACAAGCGACAUUGUAAUUUGCAAAAUGUCCCCGACGAGAUAUUUCGCUACAGCCGCAGUCUGGAGGAGCUUCUUCUCGACGCUAACCAACUCCGAGAACUACCCAAGCCUUUCUUCAGACUUCUGAACUUGCGGAAACUGGGUCUGAGUGACAAUGAGAUCCAGAGGCUCCCUCCUGAGGUGGCCAACUUCAUGCAGCUGGUGGAGCUCGACAUCUCCAGAAAUGACAUUCCUGAGAUCCCCGAGAGCAUUAAGUUCUGCAAGGCAUUGGAGAUUGCAGACUUCAGUGGAAACCCCCUCUCCAAGUUGCCUGAUGGUUUCACUCAGCUCAGAGGGCUCGCCCACCUGGCACUUAACGACGUGUCAUUGCAGACACUGCCCAACGACAUAGGAAACCUGGCCAACCUGGUGACGCUGGAGCUCAGGGAGAACCUGCUCAAGUCCCUGCCCACGUCGCUCUCUUUCCUGGUGAAACUGGAGCAUCUGGACCUGGGCAGCAAUGAACUGGAUGUGUUGCCGGACACACUUGGUGCUCUCCCUAACCUACGGGAGCUGUGGUUGGACCGCAACCAGCUCUCCUCUUUGCCACUAGAGCUGGGGAACCUGCAGAGACUCGUGUGUCUAGACGUGUCAGAGAACCGACUGGAGGAGUUGCCCUCAGAGCUCAGCGGCCUGCUGGCCCUCACUGACCUGCUGCUCUCACACAACCUCCUGGAGGUGGUCCCCGACAGCAUAGGCUCUCUGAAGCAGCUGUCCAUCCUGAAAGUGGACCAGAACCGACUGACCCACCUGAGUGACUCCAUAGGAGAGUGUGAGAACCUGACGGAACUCGUACUGACCGAGAACCUCUUACAGACUCUGCCUCGCUCGCUGGGCAAGUUGAAAAAGCUGACCAACUUGAAUGUGGACCGCAACCGGCUGGACAACGUGCCUGAUGAGCUGGGUGGUUGCGCCAGCCUCAACGUGCUCUCCCUCAGAGACAAUCGCGUGGCCAAAUUGCCCGCUGAGCUGGCUGACGCCACUGAGCUUCAUGUUCUGGAUGUGGCAGGGAACAGGUUACAGAACCUGCCGUUUGCCCUGGCCAACCUCAACCUGAAGGCCAUGUGGCUGGCAGAGAACCAGUCCCAGCCCAUGCUCAAGUUCCAGACGGAGGACGACGAGAGCACCGGGGAGAAGGUGCUCACCUGCUACCUGUUGCCCCAGCAGCCCUCCCCCAGCCUGGAGAACCUGCUGCAGAACAGUGUGGACGACAGCUGGAUAGACAGCAACCUGAACCGGGUAUCCGUUAUCCAGUUCCAGGAGGAGACCACCAAGCAGGAUGAGGACGAUGAGGCGGCUGCAGAGCGCAGGGGUCUCCAGCGCCGGGCGACGCCCCACCCCAGUGAGCUGAAGGUCAUGAAGAAGGUGAUUGAGGAGAAGAGGAACGAGGCCUACAUAUCCAGUCCUGAUGGAGAUCCAGAGUCUCCUGGUACUGAGGAGAAACGACUGAGCAAUCUGUCCAAUCAGAGCCACGACUCUGCGGCGUCCAACAGCACAGCCUCUGCCAACUCUCAUGAGGAGAGAUCGUGCGUGAUUACCACAGCGAGGGAGAGCCUAGUGGGUGGGCGUGGUGAACAGGAGGAGGAGGAGCUAGACGAGAUGGAGGUGGAGUAUGUGGAGCCCACGGUGCACUUUGCAGAGGAGCCCAUAUACCAGGGUGGGAAUGAGGACGAGGAGGGUGGGGAUGGGGUCCCAUGCAGCUACCUAGAGGAACAGAGGCCCCAGUUCCCUACGGAGAAGCAGCGUCUGAUCAGGAAGGACACGCCGCACUACAAGAAGCACUUCAAGAUUACCAAGCUGCCAAAACCCGAGGCGGUGGCCGCGUUACUGCAGGGCUUCAGCCCCGACGCACACCUGACCCAACACCCCACCUCGCACCACCCUGACCCCGAGAAGGAGGAAGAGGAAGAGGAGGAGUGUAUGGUUACUCCACAGCGCCACAACAGAAUAGAAGAGCCAAAGCAGGAGGAGAGGAGUCUGCUUCAUGUCAACUCUUCCCUGCAGCCGGUCAAGGGGGUGUCAUUUGAUCAAGUCAAUAAUCUCCUGAUUGAGCCUGCUCGAAUUGAGGAGGAAGAGCACACCCUGACCAUUCUACGUCAAACUGGGGGCCUGGGCAUCAGCAUAGCCGGAGGACAGGGAUCCACACCCUACAAGGGGGAUGAUGAGGGAAUUUUCAUCUCCAGGGUGUCUGAAGAGGGCCCUGCAGCGCAGGCUGGGGUCAAAGUGGGAGACAAACUCCUAGAGGUGAACGGUGUGGUUCUCCAGGGGGCAGAGCACCACACGGCGGUAGAGGCCCUGCGUAGCUCGGGCACCGCCGUCUCCAUGAGCGUCCUCCGGGAGCACAUGGUGGAGCCGGAGAACGCCAUCACCACCACACCGCUAAGGCCCGAAGACGACUACUUCCCCCGGGAGAGACGGGCCAGUGGCCUUCCCUUCUGCAUUGAGGCAGGCUCCCCCGCAGGCUUCCGACACAGGCUGUCUGCCUGCUUGGUCCGCAAUGACAAGGGUCUGGGCUUCAGCAUUGCCGGGGGCAAAGGCUCCACAGCCUACCGCACGGGGGACAUGGGGAUCUACAUCUCGCGGAUCGCAGAGGGAGGGGCGGCCCACAGAGACUGCACACUCCGAGUAGGGGACAGGGUCAUCACCAUCAAUGGCGUAGACAUGACCGAGGCCAGGCAUGACCAGGCAGUAGCGCUGCUUACCGGAACCUCUCCCACCAUUGCUCUCCUGGUGGAGCGUGACCAGGCCGAGCCGGGCACCCCAGGGGUCCCGGGCCUGUCCCGUGCCCGCGCCCACUCCCCCCCACCUCCAGAGCCCUCUGACUCACCCGACCAGGAAGAGGGCAACGACGACUCGAGCCUCUUGCCCCACGGGAACCACCUGAGCCAGCCGCCGGAGGACGAAUACCCCAUCGAGGAAGUGGCGUUGGUGAAAGCGGGCGGCCCCCUGGGACUGAGCAUUGUGGGAGGCAGUGAUCACGCCAGUCACCCGUUCGGCAUCAACGAGCCUGGUGUCUUCAUCUCUAAGGUGAUCCCCCAUGGCUUGGCGUGUCAGAGUGGGCUGCGGGUGGGGGACAGGAUACUGGAGGUGAACACCAUCGACCUGCGCCACGCCACCCACCAGGAGGCUGUUAAAGCCCUGCUCUCCAACAAGCAGGAGAUCCGCAUGCUGCUGCGCAGGGACCCCUCGCCUCCCGGGAUGGAGGAGAUAGUGAUCCAGAAGCAGCCUGGAGAAAAGCUGGGCAUCAGCAUCCGCGGCGGUGCCAAGGGCCACGCUGGCAACCCCUUCGACGCCACCGAUGAGGGCAUUUUCAUAUCCAAGGUGAGCUCCAGCGGUGCAGCGGCCAGGGAUGGCCGUCUGCUUGUGGGCAUGCGGAUCUUGGAGGUGAGUAACCACAGCCUGCUGGGCAUGACCCACACGGAGGCUGUACGCGUGCUCCGCGCCGUGGGAGACACCCUGGUCAUGCUGGUGUGUGACGGCUUUGACCCUGGCAACGCUGCCACUGUAGAGGCGUCACCGGGCAUCAUUGCCAACCCGUUUGCCGCAGGCAUCGUGCGUAAGAACAGCAUGGAGAGCAUCUCCUCUAUAGACCGAGACCUGAGUCCCGAGGAGAUGGACAUCCUACAGAAGGAGGUGGAGAUGGUGCGAGAGACGUCCCAGUGGGAGAGAGAAGAGAUGGAGAAGGUGGAGCGCAUGCGCUUGGAGCGUGAGGAGGAUACUCGCCUGCUAGAAGAGGAGACCGAGAACCUGGGCACUGGGCCUCUGAAACUGGACUACCGGACGCUGGCCGCACUGCCCACCACCGCUCUCCAGAAGGUCAACAGGGCGCCCUCCACUGAGCCCCCCAGGACAGACAGUCCUAUUAGAGACGCCCCCUACUCACCAACCACACAACCGGCAAGUAUUCAUUUCACCCCUACUGCACUGCCUGCCAAGGAGGAAAUCUCACCACUGAGUCCCUAUGAGACAAGGCCAGGUGCCAUCCAGCCCCCCUCCCGUGGUGGCGGGCGGCCGAUCACCUCGCCAGCCACUCCGGACGGGCACAGCAGCCCCAAUCCCUUCCAGCAUGGCCCCUCCCCCAUCAACUCUCAGACCUUUGAUCUGUUUGGCCAGAGGAACAACGUCCACCACAAUCAGCCUUCUCCAGAGCCUGAGCUGAACAACGAGGUGUUUGAGGAUGAGGGGGACGGGGGAAUGGGUAUGGGUCAGGCAGCCCCCGUCUCUCCCCGACCCUCCCUCUCCUCUGACUGUCUGGACUAUAUGAGUCUGGCAGCAGUGCCACGCCUCUACAGAGCCUCCAUGGACAUGGUUGUAAAGACUCCAUCACUUGGUGGCAGAGACGACCUGGCGCAGCGCUCCUUCAGGGACAGACAGAAGUACUUUGAAAUCGACAUGAAGCAGCAGACGCCCGACACCAAGCCCAAAGGCCGCGUGUCCCUGGUUGGAGCAGACGACCUGAAGAAGAUGAGGGAGGAGGAAGAGAGGAGAUUCGAACAGCGGGCAUUGGAGUACCUGAUGGAUGAAGAUGACGAGGAGGAGGAUGACCUGGUGAAGCAGAUGGGAGUGUUGAAGGCCACGGGCAAAGUGGUGCUGGACGGGGUGGAGUACAAGGUGGAGCCUGUAGCCACCCCCCGCAGGCACUGUAACACGCCCCCCAGCUACAGCGCCACACCCCCUAGCUACUGUGGCAGCUCAGGGCCCUCGUCAGUGGAUGGUAAAGGAGACUACCAGAGGAAUUCCUUAGAGGAGAGCAUCAAGCUGGAGCAGCAGAGGCCCAACUCCAUGACUGGUCUGAUCCCAGUGUACCCUGGAGAGUCGGGGGCUCCCAUCCGGACAGCCAAGGCAGAACGGAGGCAACAGGAGCGGCUGAGGAUGCAGAGUCCAGAGCUGGCCCCAGCUGGAGACAAGGACCUCUCCCCCUCCGAGAAACGGGCUCUGGAAGCCGAGAAGAGAGCCAUGUGGAGGGCAGCAAGGCCCUAUGGCCUAGAGGAGGAUGUUAGGCAGUAUGAGCAGGACCUGGCUAAGAGGCUCUACCAGUCGCGAGUGAGGGCGUCUCAGGGCAGCGCCACCCCUCAGUCCCAAAACGCCGCCGCCUCUUCCGCUGCCUCCCAGCUCAGGAUGAAGUCUCUGGAGCAGGAUGCUUUGAAGGCUCAGAUGGUCAUCGCUAAGUCCCGGGAGGGAAAGAAGCGUGGCACACUGGACCAGCUGGCCGAGUCGCCCUCGCCCGCCCUCACACCAUCCCCCACCCCUCUGGAAGAUUUCAGUCCACAAGGAGUAACGUCACCAGGCAGACUGUCCCUGUCGGAAAAGAAGUUUGACUACCGACAGUUUGCUGCCAUUCCUUCUUCCAAACCCGUAUACGACAUCCAGUCUCCUGACGUGGUCGAUGACAUUCAGUUCAUUGACGAUGGCUCCAGUAACCCAGUGCAUGCUGCGGAUCCCACUGCCACCUCAGCACUGGAGAUGGCCCUCUACAGCAACACGCGCCAGCUGAGGCAGGGCUGCCGCAGCCUGGAGACUGCCGUGCCCACAUAACAUCACACACAUCUACCACAAGAGACUCGGGAGACAUACAUACACAGAGGAGGCACCGGGUCACUACACACACACUCACAGGUUUGGGAGAUGCAUCUCAUGUAACCACUGCAGAGACCAUGAUGCUGAUAGUCAACACACACACACAAUGUCAUAUCUUGCCUUUACAGUCUGAGGAUGUGUUGGCCUGAACAUGAGGCCCAACGUUCCUGAGGCCAGGGAGGAGGAGGAGGGCUGGUGAGGGGAGCUAGUGUUACGCUUCAGAAAUACCAUUUACUUUUUUAUUUGUGUUCUUUUUCUUCAGUUUACGUUUUAGUAGCUGAAUUAUAUUAACAGGUGACUUAUGUUUUUACUUUGGACCCUCUGAUUUUUGCUGUUUUAAAUGACAAAUGUGUUCUGGAAGAGAAAGGAAAAAAUAUGAAUUGUGUAGAUGUAAUACAAAUUUUUCAGAUGCUAUUUUUGAGGUUUUCAAUGAAUAUAUUGUGAAAUGUCAGGGUUUUUAGCGGGCUUUGGGGGCGUGUAUAUAUUGGGAACAUACUGCUACCUUCACUGCCACAUUUUAAACACUACAUACAUAUCUCAACUGCACUACCACACUACUUAGAAAACAACAUGUUUCUUUUUAAAUAAUUUAUUUUGCUUGUAUUUUAUUACUCGAUUCUAAAGCCUCCCCUGUAAUACAUUAUUGUUACCCCCUGUACUUUCGAGUGCAACAGAACAAUGCAUAUCAUUUUAUUUAUCAUAAUGACAUCAAUGCAUAUCAUGAUAUCAUUUUAAUUCAAAUGUACAUCUUAUGAGGAAAGCACGUGUUUAAUCCAUAUCACCAAGAUAUUUUCUUUUACAAUGAAUACAUUUGUUUUCACUCUGAUGCACAGGCCUUAACCAGGUUCUGACUGGUACAUUACAAGGAACAUACUGUCACAGACUUGUAGGAUACUGAUCCCAGUACAGUUGUUUGAUCUCGGUGGAUCAGAGUAAAGGAUCUCUAGCUUUCCUGGACCAGGUUUAUCAAAUUCUGUUCCAUUCCUAUUCUAGAGAAUAUAACUACACUGGAGAGACCAGCAGAGACACCCACACACACAUGGACAGAUAAGCCACUAGUCUUUAUUCAAAAGCUGUACAUUUAGGAACAUAAUCUCAGCUUCAUAUACGGUACUUUCCCUGCCCUUUUGGUGGAAAUCAUUUGUCAAUGUGAAUCUAACUCCUAUCUGGAUGGUUUUCCAGAUUUUACCGGUGAAGGUAGCAGGUGUUUGCUUUUUUUUUAUAUAUGCCUUUGAUUAAUUUAAAUCUGACACCCACUGAAAAUCCUUUAUUGUUGUGUGAAUAAUGUACAAAAUACUGAAUGGAAAGCAAAAUGUACGGUUGAAAUUGAGCCAGUCUACUAAGCCAAGACCAAGCAAGUGUCUGGACUGGGGAGCUCUCUCCCUACCUCUCUCUCUGCAUGUACAAUAUAUUGGCUUUACUGGGAGAACCUGUAGAGGCAGAAGACAUUUUGUUAAUCCCUUUUGAAAUGGAUCUCAUUCGAUCAUCAUUCUCAAUCUCUUUCCUCUGCUUUACCUGCUGCUGUCAUGGAUGUUAUCUGAUGGCAGCUUUGUUUUGGAGAGUCAUGAUAGAAGCACUCGUGUUUAAUUUAAUGUACUAAUCAUAUCUUUUUGCGUUGCUUUCGCUGACUGAAAUUCAGUUAGGAUGAUAACAUUUGCUAUUGGUUGACAAAAAUUGUAUUUUUUUUUUUUUUUUUUAACUUACUGUAGUGGGUAAAACUUUCCAGACAAAAUGGGAUUCACAACAUUUUUUUAUGCCAAACAACUGUUGGAACUUCCUUUUGGUUACACUCUUCUCUUGAAUUAUUUUGGGGGACUAUUUUUCCCAAAUGAGUCAGAGGGAAAGGGUAGAAGUGCUGGGGUCAAGGCUCAUCCAAAACUGUAACUAGUGAAUUUGUACAACCAAAGAGGUCUAUUUUGUGGUUCACGAAUAAAAAAAGUUUACGUUUCAUUUAACAAGCUGA